AUGGUAACCUUUCAAAGCAAACCGUAUGGACAAAAGAGCGCAUUUAGCCCUUUAGCAGCACAAGCUAAAAAAAAGCCAUUCUUGUAUUUUGGAUUACCGUUUCUUGCCAUCAUGGUAGCUGGUUCAUUUGGCUUGGCUCAACUAACGCAAACAAAAUUUGAUCAUCGAGACAGAAGACACACCAAGGUUGCUAAAGAAGAAGCAUUGGGCAUGGACAAGAAUAGACGCAAAUUGAGUUUACAAGAGGAAUAUUUCCGCUUACAAGCUGAUGCAGAUGAUGAAUGGGAGCAAGUGCGAAUCAGUCGACCCGCUGGAUCUGGAGAGAAAUAA